UUAACCAUGCCGCCGAGAGAGAGGAAUACAUAAAUAGUGUUUUGCAUGGAAGUGAGAGACAUUGUGUGAAUCAACUUAGGAUGAAGCCUAUAGCUUUCCACCACUUAUGUCACACCCUCACUGAGGGGGAGCACGUACGUCCGACUGUUCACAUGUCUGUUACGGAGCAAGUGUUCAUUUUCUUGCACAUUAUUGGUCAUAAUGUGAGGUUUCGUGUAAUGGGUAGUCGGAUCUAUAGAUCAACUGAGACUGUUCAUAGAUACUUCAAGGUUGUCCUUAGGGGGGUCCUGAAAUUAUAUAGAGCUCUAAUAAGACUGCGUAGCGAAGAUACACCUCCAGAGAUAAGGAAUAGCAGAAGGUUUUACCCAUAUUUUAAGGAUUGUGUUGGAGCAAUAGAUGGUACACAUGUUCGUGCAUCUGUGCCACCUGAAAUACAAGGAAGAUUUCGUGGUCGCAAAGAUGGAACCACGCAAAAUGUGUUAGCUGCCAUUAGUUUUGACUUAAAGUUCACUUAUGUGUUGGAUGGAUGGGAAGGCAGUGCACAUGAUUCACGUGUAUUAAAUGAUGCAUUUGCUAGGACAGGGGGAUUUUCAAUUCCCAAUGGUAAAUUUUAUCUUGGUGAUGCUGGGUAUGGUAAUAAAAAUGGAAUAUUGUCACCGUAUCGAAGUGUACGAUAUCACUUAAAAGAGUUUAGUGAUCGUCCUCCUGAGAAUGCGCAAGAAUUGUUCAACCUCCGACACUCUUCAUUGAGAACUACCAUUGAGUGAGGGUUUGGAGUGGUGAACAAACGUUUUCGAG